AAACGCAGAAGGAGCCUCAAGAUCCUCAAUAACAAAAACAGUACCAGUAGAGCAAGUAGAAUAACAGCAGCCAGCUCUUUCAACCAGACCAGCGCAUUACCCAUCAUCACCCAGCCAUGUGGACCCAUCUUGCAGUGUGCCUGUGCUUCCUGCCACUGGGCUGUCAGGCGCAACCGGACAGAUCUGCCUCUUUCCGGAGGACCAACGACGACUUCACCGGACGCUGCCAGUACACCUUCACCGUAGACAGCCCUGCGGAGUCCAGCUGCCCACAAGCAGGAGCAGGCACCGGUGGCCCCCCCGAGUCGGAGGGCGUGAGGUCGCGCCUCUCCGUGCUGGAGGCUCUGGUCAGUCGGCUGCUGGGGGAGCGAGGGAUGGAGAUGGACGCAGACGCGGUGGCGCUGGGUGGUGGCGGCGAGGCAGGGCUCCAGGCGGCGGCAGCGGAGGAGGAGGUGAGCCGGCUGCAGCAGGACAAGGAGCAUCUGAACAGGCAGGUGCAGGACCUGCAGAGGCGGCUGGAGGAGCUGACGCUGGAGACGGAGCAGCUGAGGGAGAGGCCCUGUAGCCAGCCGCAGCCCCCACACCUCCCCACCACCACAGACGGGGAUCCUGCUUUUCAGAUUGGGAGUGGAGCCUUUCAGGAGAUGAAGGCUGAGGUGUCUGAGGUGCCAGCCCCUCCACAGAUCCAGCAGGGACAAAACCGCAAUGGAACAGGUUGUGGGAUGCUGGUGUCUGUGCACGAGCCUGUCAUGCACCGCAAGGCCGACGGCAUCAACGGCAAAUACGGCGCCUGGUUCCAGGACCCCGAGCCCGCGGGGCCCCCCUACGGGCCCGAGACCGUGUGGCGCAUCGACGCCGUGGGCAAGGAGGUGAAGCAGCUGUUUGCCUACGAGGACAUGGAGCAGCUGAGGCGCGGCUUCCCCAUGAAGGUGCUGCUGCUGCCCGAGGCCGUGGAGAGCACCGGCGCCACCGUCUACCGCGGCUCCCUCUACUACCAGCGCCGCCGCAGCCGCACCCUCAUCCGCUACGACCUGGCUGCCGAGAACGUCGCGGCCCGGCUCGACCUGCCGCACGCCGGCUUCCACGGCCAGCACCCGUACUCGUGGGGCGGCUACACCGACAUCGACCUGGCGGUGGACGAGAGGGGCCUGUGGGCCGUCUACAGCACCAGCAAGGCCAAGGGGGCCAUCGUGCUGUCGCAGCUGAACCCCGAGACCCUGGAGGUGAGGAGGAGCUGGGAGACCAACAUCCGCAAGAACACGGUGGCCAACGGCUUCAUGGUCUGCGGACGCCUCUACACCGUGGCCAGCUACAGCUUGCCAAACACCACCGUCAACUACGUGUUCGACACGGAGACCAGCGAGAGCAAGCCCAUCGCCAUCCCCUUCCACAACCGCUACCAUUACAACAGCAUGAUUGACUACAACCCUGCCAGCAAGAGGCUCUACGCCUGGGACAAUUACCACAUGGUCACCUAUGACACAGAGCAGGCAAACACAGACAGCAGCUCCUAAGCGGUGUUAGAAUGACACAGAAGUAUGUUGUGUGUUGCUGUGAGCGAGGUCAAGGGUCAUUGAAAACAGGCAUGCAAGGAAGCAUCAGGUUAUGUGAUUUCAUGUCAAGAGGAUUACUGAGACUAAUAAAGCAAUUAUUUUAGUAGUUUUCAGUGUCAAAUCUCUGUAUAUUUUGCAUUAAAAUAUUUCAAAAGCACUCUCUGUAUUCAAAUAACUACUUGUGUAUAGAAUGUUGAAAAAUGUACUAUUUACAGAAAAUGUAUUUUUGUAUGAAAGCUUUGGUAAAAUGUAAAUGGCUCUCUCUUUGCUUUACUUUUGACUUCUCGUUGUAAUAAAUAAAGAGCUGAAAGCCUGA